GCUACAGCAGUUUUCAACAGAAUAGAUAAAAAGGCAAAUGAAAAUUUAUUUGAAACAAAAACUAAUCUAUAUGGAUCAGAAGUUGCAGUACAAAUGAUGGACAUAAAAUUGAGCUCUCUUCAAUCAGAAAUAACUUCUUCAGUAAGCAAUGUAAAUAAUCCAGAAAUUGAUAAUGUUAUUGUUGAUAAGAUAUCAGAUUUGGUAUUUUCCAAUUUAAAUCUUGAGGAAAUUUGGGAUAAAGUUAUGGGAAGAUUAAUUUGCGAGUGCAAUUAUGCUCAAUUGUUUAAUGGAUCAAAGGGGAAAUUAUGUAAGGAUUUAAUUGACAAGGAAGUACAAAAUUUGUUACAUGAUGGAUGUGGCCAAAUAAGAUCAUUAAAUGAUUUAAAAUUAUGGAAAGACAAAUUCUCAAUUUUAAAAUCUGAAGAUGCCCAAUUAACUGCUGGAGUUAUUGAAUUUUUCCAUCUCUGUUUACAGAGGGAAGUAAACAUUCUUGUAAUGCAACAUCGGGAAAGAGAUUACAUUGUCAAGAUACUAAGCCCAAUUAUUGGAUUCAUAUUUGAAGAACUUGAUAUUGGCACUUUUGAGCUAAAUUGGAUUGAAAAAGAUUACAUGUAG